AUGUCUGGCUAUAAUCGUCUUGACGAGGACAUGGAUCCGCGACGGCCAGGUCGGACGCCCUCGCCAGGGCAUCCACUGGCGAACUACCAGCUUGAUAGCUAUUCACAUUCGCAAGCCGGCCCGCUGGAAAUCCCCAUGGGUCCUGGGCCCGGUCCUGGCACACCAGGUGACAGGCUCCAAAUACAGCCAAGUUAUUCGGUCGAAAACAUUCCCUACGGCGCAACCGAUUAUCACGACGAUUACAUAUCGCAUCCGCAUCCGCAGCCGCAUCGCCAGGACAGUAAUUACUCGCUCGAUCCUCAAGCGCAUCACGAUGCGUACUACAACCCGCCCUACGAUCCUUCACCGCAUGACGAGAGCCCGCACCCAUAUGGCGCACAGCCUGACCACUACUGGCAAGACGAUGAUAGGCGGCCCAUGAUAGGCGGUGCCGACGCUUAUGGACCAGAUCCGCAUGAGCCACUCGAUCACGAUGAAUACCAUCCAGGCGACGACAGUCACCUACACGCUGAGAACCCGUUUCAUGAUGAGCCGCUGCCCACUCCGAGCCCUGCGCCCAUAAAACGAUGGAAGACGGUCAAGGAGGUGCAACUGUUCAAAGGAAAUUUGGUGCUCGACUGCCCGAUUCCGCCGCGGCUGCUCAAUCAGGUCCAGCAUGCACAGCCUCCAGAGCGUGACGAAUUCACGCAUAUGCGCUACUCGGCUGCCACAUGCGACCCUGCCCAUUUUGACGAGGAGCGCUUCACACUGCGACAGAAGCUAUUCGCAAAGCCGAGACACACCGAGUUGUUCAUCGUCGUUACCAUGUACAACGAAGAGGACGAGCUGUUUGCGCGAACCAUGAUGGGUGUGAUCAAGAACAUCGAGUACAUGAACUCGCGUACAAACAGCAAGACGUGGGGCAAGGACGCGUGGAAGAAGAUCGUGGUCUGUGUCGUCAGCGAUGGUCGUGCUAAGAUCAAUCCAAGAACGCGGGCCGUGCUAGCGGCGCUCGGUGUCUACCAAGAUGGCAUUGCCAAGCAGCAGGUCAACGGCAAAGAUGUGACUGCACAUAUUUAUGAGUACACUACGCAAAUGACCCUCGACAUCAAAAAGGGUGUUGUGGGUGUCAAGAAGGGCAACACACCUGUGCAGAUGCUUUUCUGCUUAAAGGAGAAGAACCAGAAAAAGAUCAAUUCGCACAGAUGGUUCUUCCAAGCUUUCGGAGCGGUGCUCGAUCCGAACAUUUGUGUAUUGCUGGACGCUGGAACCAAACCCGGCAAAGACUCCAUCUACCAUCUUUGGAGAGCGUUCGAUUUGGAGCCCAUGUGCGCCGGCGCUUGCGGUGAGAUCAAAGCUAUGUUGGUCCACGGGAAGAAGCUGUUGAACCCGCUUGUUGCGACGCAGAAUUUUGAGUACAAAAUGAGUAACAUCCUGGACAAGCCGCUGGAGUCUGCAUUCGGGUUCAUUUCUGUGCUUCCAGGAGCUUUCUCCGCCUACCGCUACGUCGCUUUACAAAACGACAAGACGGGUACUGGACCUUUGGAGAAAUACUUCCUCGGUGAAAAGAUGCAUGGAACGAAUGCUGGUGUGUUUACAGCUAACAUGUAUCUUGCCGAGGAUCGUAUCCUUUGCUUCGAACUCGUCUCAAAGAGGAAUUGCCACUGGAUCCUGCAGUACGUCAAGUCUGCCAACGGAGAGACGGACGUUCCGGUCGAGAUGGCCGACUUUAUCCUGCAGCGAAGACGAUGGCUGAACGGUUCCUUCUUCGCCGCUGUGUACGCCUUGGCCCAUUCCUUCGACAUCUUCCGCAGUGACCACUCGUUCCUUCGAAAGAUGAUGUUCCUUGUGGAAUUCUUCUAUCAGACCAUCAACAUGAUUUUCGCCUGGUUCGCUCUCGGUAACUUCUUCCUGGUUUUCGUCAUCUUGACCAAGUCACUCUCCACGGAAAUUGGCACAGCUGGAAAAGUCCUCUUCAUCAUCUUCGAAUGGUUAUAUAUCGGCGUCCUGAUCACAUGUUUCAUCCUUGCGCUCGGUAAUCGACCACAAGGAUCAAAUCGAUGGUAUAUGAGUAUGGUAUACUUCUGGUGCAUCAUCAUGGCAUACCUCAUGUUCGCCUCAAUAUUCAUCACGGUCAGAUCGGUCCAGGAGCAAAUCAAAACCAAUAAAGGGUUCAAUGUCGGCGAUAUCUUUGCAGACAAGAUCUUCUUUACCUUGGUGGUAUCACUUGCUUCGACAUACCUCAUGUGGUUCAUUGUCUCGAUCCUCUUUUUGGACCCAUGGCACAUGUUUACGUGUUUCAUCCAGUAUCUCCUCAUGACGCCGACCUAUAUCAACAUCCUUAACGUGUACGCCUUCUGCAAUACGCACGACAUCACCUGGGGUACCAAGGGCGACACCAAAGCGGAGAAGCUGCCCUCGGUCACAACAAAAGCAGACGGAAAGGCCGAGAUUCACGCGCCGACCGACGAUGCCGAUCUCAACACCCAGUACGAAGCGGAGAUCCAGGUCUUUUCCACGAAGUACAAAGAGCCGGAAAAGGUUGUGUCUGAUUCCGACAAGCAGGAAGACUACUACAAGGGCUUCCGUUCUGGUGUUGUGCUCUUCUGGAUGUUCUGCAAUUUGGCGCUUUGCGCGGCUGUGCUGCAGACGGGUGGACUGGAGGUUACGGUUAGCGAUCCGGAUGAGGCGGCACAGAAGAAGACUGAUGCGGCGACGAUCUAUCUCGCGGUUGUGCUGUGGAGUGUGGCGGGCCUGUCGCUGUUCAGGUUCAUCGGGGCGAUGUGGUUCCUCGUCGUGAGGAUGUUCCGCGUUACAGCUGUACAAAAGCAGCUUCAGGACAGUGCGCUUGGUCCAGUGACCGGACUUUUCGCCCCUGCUGUUGUAGCUCAGCCACGUCACAAGCCUCUCACAGCUUCGGCCGACUCGACUGUAAUGUCUUGGGGUACUGAUGGUGCGGAUGCCUGGGGUUCCGGCGGCGGCGGAGGGGACGACAGCUGGAACGGCGGCGCCAACACUGCAACUGCCAACGCCGGCGGUGAGUCCUGGGGCGCUGGCGGCGAUGAUUCUGGCGGCGGCGGAGGUGGCGAUGCCGGUGACAGGACUUGCCGAGUCUGCAACCAAGUUGGCCACUUUGCUCGCGACUGCCCUGACAAGCCUGAGGGUGGCGGUCUUACUGGCGAGUGCUUCAACUGCGGCGAGGUCGGUCACAAUAAGGCUGACUGCACCAAUCCCAAGGUCGAUCGUCCCUUCACCGGCACUUGCAACUCCUGCGGUGUUGAAGGCCAUAGUGCGCGCAGCUGUCCCAGCGCUACUUGCAGGCUCUGCGGCGAAGCUGGUCACAAGGCCCUCGAGUGCAGCUCCCGCCGCAAGAUCGACUGGACCGGCGUCCCUGAGCUAGAGGCCGAAGAGGCCUGGAUGAAGCUUGUUACUGCAUCAGACGAGAAGGACCUGGAUGCGUUCCGUACCUGCCUGCGCGCAUACGCUCGUGCCAUCGACGGCGAGUUCAACGUGUCCGAGGUCGAGACUGCACUUCGCGACUCAGAGCUGUCAAUCUUCCUGAUAGCUCUCAAGCAAGAAGUCGCUCCAUACAUGACUAUCGUGGAUCUCAUCGGCAAUCCGGACCGAGAGUUCGUCCUUUCGAUCCAAUUGUCGGCUAAGCCUCGCCGUGCCAAGUUGGCACAAGGUUGGCCUGCGGAUGCUGCAGAGAACCUGGAGCGACUCAAGUCCGCCGGCUUCGUUCAAGAUCGCGGCGUGCCCAUGUGCUCGAACUGCAAUGAGCUCGGCCACGUGAGGAAGCACUGCAAGCAAGAGCUUGUUGAGCACGAAAAGACGGCUCCGGUCAUUAACUGCGUCUACUGCAAGGAGGAGGGCCAUCGUGCGCGCGACUGCCCGAAGGAACGCAUCAGCCCUUUUGCCUGCAAGAACUGCAAGCAGGAAGGUCACAAGGCAGCUGAUUGCCCCGAGCCUCGUUCGGCUGAGGGCGUUGAAUGCCGCAAGUGCAAUGAGACUGGCCACUUCUCACGAGACUGCCCUAACGUCGAAGCUCGUCCACCCCGAACUUGCCGCAACUGCGGCUCUGAGGAUCAUAUAGCCAAGGAGUGCGACCAGCCGCGCAACCCUGACAACGUAACUUGCCGCAACUGCGAGAAGCAGGGUCACUUCUCACGCGACUGCCCCGAACCGAAGGAUUGGUCCAAGGUCAAGUGCUCGAACUGUGGUGAGAUGGGUCACACCAUUAAGCGCUGCAAAGAGCCCAUUGAUGGAGGUGAUGCUGCCGGAGAUGGUGGUGCCGUCGGAGGAGGAGGCGGCCAAUGGGAAGCUUCCGGCAAUGCUGGUGCUGCUGCGUCUGGCAACGCUCCUGGAGGUGGGGACACUUGGGGAAGCGGCGGCGGCGGUGGCUGGUAA